CUUGUGUACUAAUCUCGUGACUUGUCAGCAACAGCAGUUUUGUUAUGGGAGUGUAGCUACUGACAUUCGAAGUAAAUUGUUUUGUUAGAUUUUAUUUUAGAGUAGCUAUCAAAACUAUCGAACAUGAAGACAUUAUAUUUUCUCUUGUGUACAUUAGUUUGUGGCGCUGUUGGGAUCAGUCUGACCAUCAUUGACUCAGAUCAAGAUGUGACUACAAGCACAUGUGCAAAGGGUCCUGUGUAUUGGUGUGAGAACAUAAAGACUGCCAAGUUCUGCGGAGCAGUGUCGCACUGCAUCCAGACCGUGUGGGAGCACCAGCAGCUGCCGGUCGACAAUGACGAGGUCUGCACGAUAUGCAAGGACAUGGUGACGCAAGCUCGUGACCAGCUGGAGAGCAAUGAAACACAGGAGGAGAUCAAGGAAGUGUUUGAAGGUUCUUGUAAUCUCCUACCGUUGAAGAUUGUGUCGAAGGAAUGCUGCAAGAUUGCGGAUGAGUUCAUUCCGGAGCUGGUAGAAACGCUAGCUUCCCAGAUGAACCCGCAGGUUGUGUGCUCUGUAGCUGGCCUUUGCAACAACGCUGAAAUCGACAGCUUGUUGAAAAACAAACGGGUGACUUCCAAGGAUUGCAGGAACUGCGAUGUUGUAGUUUCAGAGAUGAAGAAAAAAUUUGAUGCUGCUUCUCGAGAUGAUGUUCUAACCUCAUUUUUGGAGAUUUGUGGACGCUUUGGCAGCUACUCCGACGGUUGCUCGGCGAUUGUGAUCAGGUACUUCAAUGAAAUAUAUUCACACCUGAAGAAGAACCUUGAGUCUGGUGCAUUUUGCCAUUUAGCCGGUGUGUGCUCCAGCAAGUUUCACAGCCACCGGAAGGAUGUAGAAAUUACGUAUGAGUCAUCAGUUGGCAUUGUAGCUGCGGCCAGUGAUAAUCUGCCAUGCGAGUUGUGUGAGGACCUGGUGAAACAUCUGCACGACAUCCUUGUUGCCAACACAACUGAGGACGAGUUCAAGGACAUGCUGGUCGGUUUUUGUAAACAGACCAAAUCGUUCCAGUCAGAGUGCUUGAGCCUUGUGGACCAGUACUACCAAAUCGCAUACGAGUUCAUGGUCAAUGGCCUGGACCCUGCGGAAGUAUGCAUCACUGUUCAGCUGUGCCCUCAAACUACUCACAAAGAACAGGCGCCUGUGUGGCCGUUGGUUGCCAGUGAGGUAGUUGAAGCUGCCAAGUUGUCGCCUGCCGAGAAAGUCGAGUCGACAAAGAUCCGGGCAAGUGUCAUCAACCCUGCUCAGGAGGUGGAGUCUUCAGACGACAUAAUGAUUCCAUGGAUUCCACUGAAUACAGCUCAUAAGCAAGUUACUGGUGCAAAGUUGCACAGAGUUUCCCUCACCAAGGAUGAUUCCGCUGUAAAGGCAUCCCACGUGGGUGCCUUCCAGCUUCCCGCUGAGCGCUUGAUGCCACAAGCUAUGCUGGGUGUUGGCAAUAAGGAUGCCUGCGAAUUUUGCCAGUAUUUCUUGCACUACCUUCAACAAGCAAUAACUGCACCAAAAACAGAGAGCGAGUUGAAGGAGUUGGUGGAAAGUGCCUGCACCCACUUGCCAACUUCGGUUUCAGAGCAGUGUCGCUCCUUUGUCGAGACUUACGGUGAUGCUGCCAUUGCUUUGUUGGCUCAAGAUAUCGACCCCUCCAUGGUUUGCCCUAUGCUUCGCAUAUGUCCGGGUGACGGGAUUCUUUUGGAUCCGACGACAACAGUCAAGGAUAAACCAACCUGUCCGCUGUGUCUCUUGGCUGUGCAAGAGGUUAUUUCCAAGUUGAAGGACAACAAAACUGAGGACAACAUAAAGAAGGAGUUGGACGGCUUGUGCAACGAUCUGCCCAAGUCGCUGGCCCCGGAUUGCGUGCAGUUUGUGAACACGUAUUCGGACGAGUUGGUCGACAUGUUGGUGGCUGAUUUCACAGCUCAGGAAGUGUGCACGUACUUGAAGCUGUGCGAUCCAACCGGAGAACAUGUGUCUGUGAUUGACAGCGGCGAGUCCAUUGAGAUAAUUAGCAAUGAAAUCCCUCCAUUACCGAUGCAGCGUAUGAUGCCGCAAGCUGUGAUCAGUGCGACCAUGGAUGUAAAGAAUGCGAGGGAUUCCAGCGUGUGCAUUCUCUGCGAGUUCGUAAUGUCGAAGCUCGAGAACAUUCUCAAGGAAAAUUCAACCGAUGAGGACAUAAAGAAUGCAGUGCGAGAUGUGUGCAACAUCCUUCCUUCAACCAUCAGCAAGGAGUGCAACGACUUCAUCAACCAGUAUGCGGACCUCAUCAUCCUGUUCCUGUCGGAGUCACUGGACCCGAAGCAAGUGUGCACUGCGAUAGAUCUCUGCAAAGGCUCCUCUCUGGCCGUUCAGGAACUGAAGAAUUCUUUUGCUGAGUGUGCAGUUUGUGAGGCUGCUGUUGGUGCUCUGGAAGAGCUUAUUGGAGAGGAUCCCACAGUGAACGGCAAGAUAACCACGGAAAUAAAGAAAGUGUGUGCUCUGAUGCCGGCCAAAGACCAGCGACAGUGCGAUGCGAUCAUCGCCACGUACGGCCCGAGCAUGGUGAACCUGAUGACGGAGAUGGUGGGUGGCCGCCUGGUCUGCCUGAAGAUCGGGCUGUGCGUGGACGAGAACCGCCAGGCCGUGGAGCUGCUGGGGGGCAGCAGGUGCACCUGGGGCCCGAGCUACUGGUGCCAGUCCGCGGUCCACGCCGCUGCGUGCAAGACUACCAAGCACUGUCAAGAAUUUGUGUGGAAUGGAAAGCAAUAAGGCAGUCCAGAAAAGUGAAGAGAAGAUAACUGAAACCGUGUGUGUGUGUAAUACAAGCUCUGUGAACCAGACAGCUUUUUCACAUGCAGAUGGUGGUAAAAUCUCUCAUGCUACUUGUCUCCAAGCUGACAGUUUUGAAAAGUAGUAUCAGCGAAACCUAUUUCUUACUUGUCACGUGUUUUUUUAAAAAAGCAGUGAUGUAAUCACAUCAAUUUGUUUAUGUACUUUGCAGAAGGAUAUGUAGACCAUUGGUACUACUAACAUAAAUUUUUUUAGAAACCAAA